AUGGCGCAAUCCGCCGCCCUCCACGCCGGCCAGCAGCUCAUCUCAGGUGGCUGCUGGCGCCUGCUGCCCCAGCUCCGCGACCGGCAAGCGCGGCCCCGGCCCCAGCUCCAGCGGGUACGGCCCCUGCGCGCGCAUGACGCCAAGGAGGAAGGUGCGCAGGGGGCGGCACGGCUGCGGAGGAAGAGGAAAGGGUCGCGAGUGGGGGCUAGGGAGGAGGAGGAAGGGGCAUCACCGACCGGCGGAGAGCGGCCGCCGUUUCUGCAGCGAUGGAGAGAACGAGAUGAGAUGAGAAGGAACGAAGAAGACGGCACUUUUGUGGCUCUCGGCGGAGAUGAGAGAGAGAAAGAGAUAAGAUGA